AUGAGUUACGCAGACGGUUACGAUGACAAUGAGAUGGGCUAUGAGGAAGACUUCGAGGACUCCAUCACGGCGGAGGACUGCUGGACGGUCAUUUCUGCUUUCUUCGAGGAAAAAGGUCUGGUCGCCCAGCAGAUCGAUUCCUACGAUGAGUUUGUCAAGAACACUCUGCCCAAUGUCGUCGAGAACAUGGGUGCCAUCACCCUGGACCACACGCCGCCACUCGACGAGAACGACCCGGAUCCGAUCAUUAAGAGGCGGUAUGAGGUGAACUUUGGCGCAGUCAAGAUGGCCCGUCCUUCUUUGACCGACGGUGGUGUGACGAGAGACCUUUACCCGCACGAGGCUCGUCUGCGAAACCUCACCUACUCGUCCGCUAUGAUCAGCGAAAUGACCACAAAGACCUCGGUUGCCCGCGAGCGCCCCAUCGCCCCAUCCGCUGAUUUGGACGAGGAGGAGGAAGCAACUGGUGCUACUGAGUUGGUGUGGGAGAUUGACCGCGAGACCGAGAAGGAGAACGUCUUUUUCGGAAAGCUGCCUGUCAUGCUGAAGUCCUUUGUCUGCGGCCUCCGCAACUUGACCGACGAGCAGCUCUACGCUCACAGCGAGUGCCCGUACGACCAGGGAGGAUACUUCGUCAUCAACGGCAGUGAAAAGGUGCUGAUCGCUCAGGAGAGAAGUGCGGCGAACAUUGUCCAGGUCUUUAGGAAGAGGCAGAGUCCGACACCGUGGAUUGCUGAGAUCAGGAGUGCUGUUGAGAAGGGAUCGCGCCUGCUUUCAUCCAUGACCUUGAAGCUCUACGAAAAACCUCAGUUGUGGAAGGAAGGACAGGGUGCUUGCUUGUACGCAACGCUCCCCUACGUCAAGGCCGAUGUCCCAAUUCCCAUCGUCUUCCGCGCUCUUGGUAUAGUCUCCGAUGAGGAUAUCAUCAGCCAUAUUUGCUUCGACAAGAACGACACUCAGCUGAUGGAAGCGAUUCGGCCGUCUAUUGAAGAGUCCGUCCUGAUCCAGGACAGAGUGAGCGCCUUGGAUUUUAUUGGUAGGAGAGGUAGCAACCCCAGCACCGGUGGUACCAAGCGCGAGCGUGUGAAGCUUGCUCGCGACAUCAUCCAGAAGGAAUUUUUGCCACACAUCUCUCAAGCUGAGGGAAGCGAGACUAAGAAGGCAUUCUUCCUCGGAUACAUGAUCUAUCGCCUGCUCCAGUGUCACCUUGGCCGCCGCGAUGAGGAUGACAGAGAUCAUUUUGGAAAGAAGCGUCUCGAUCUUGCUGGACCGCUUCUUGCUAACCUGUUCCGCUCACUCUUUUUGAAGCUGACCAGGGACGUGUUCAGCUACCUCAAGAAGUGCGUUGAGGCUGGUCGCCCUUUCUCUCUCCAGUCCGCCGUUAAACAAGGAACCAUCACGAACGGCCUGAAGUAUUCGCUCGCGACCGGUAACUGGGGAGACCAGAAGAAGGCAGCCUCGGCCAAGGCUGGUGUUUCGCAGGUCUUGAACAGAUACACCUACUCCUCUACCUUGUCGCAUUUGCGUCGCACCAACACGCCCAUCGGUCGUGAUGGAAAACUUGCAAAGCCACGUCAGCUUCACAAUACUCAUUGGGGUCUUGUCUGCCCGGCAGAAACGCCAGAAGGACAGGCUUGCGGUCUGGUGAAGAACCUGUCCCUGAUGUGCAACGUCACUGUCGGUAGCGACGUCACUCCUAUCCAGGACUUUAUGACCCAGAGGAACAUGGAACUUCUGGAAGAGUACGAGCCGAACGUGUCACCGCACGCUACCAAGAUCUUCAUCAACGGUGUUUGGGUCGGUGUUCACCGUGAUCCUACUCAACUCGUCUCCGUGGUUAAGAAGCUGCGUCGCGAUGGCACUCUCUCUCCGGAGAUGAGUCUUAUUCGUGAUGUCCGUGAUAGAGAAUUCAAGAUCUUCACGGAUGCGGGCAGAGUGUGCAGACCUCUCUUCAUCAUCGACGACGAUCCAUUCAGCCCGAACAAGGGUAAUCUGGCCUUGACCCGGGAGCAUAUCGACAAGCUUGAGGCGGAUCAAGAAAUCGACGUCUCCGGUUUGUCUGAUGAGGAGAGGCAAGAAAAGAGAUAUGGCUGGCAGGGAUUAUUGCACAGCGGUGUGGUUGAAUAUAUGGACGCGGAAGAAGAGGAGGUUGCUAUGAUUGUCAUGACCCCUGACGAUCUGAGAGCACAUCACAGGGCCCGCCAGGGUAUCAUUGAUGAGGAUGAUGAAGAGACCAAGCGCAACAGGGAUCCUCACGAGCGUGUCGUUCCGCCUCCAAACCCCAGCGUCAAGCAGUACACUCACUGCGAGAUCCAUCCGAGCAUGAUUCUGGGUAUCUGCGCUUCCAUCAUUCCGUUCCCAGAUCACAACCAGUCGCCUCGUAACACCUACCAAUCUGCUAUGGGUAAGCAGGCAAUGGGUGUAUGUCUCACGAAUUACGAGCUGCGUAUGGAUACGAUGGUCAACGUCCUUUACUACCCUCAAAAGCCUCUCGCCACGACUCGCUCCAUGGAGUACCUGAGGUUCCGUGAGUUGCCAGCAGGUCAGAACGCUAUCGUCGCCAUUGCCUGUUACUCUGGUUACAACCAAGAAGAUUCCGUCAUUAUGAACCAGAGCAGUAUCGAUCGUGGUCUUUUCCGCAGUCUUUUCUACCGCUCCUACACCGACCAGGAGAAGAAGGUUGGUAUGGCUGUCGUCGAGCAGUUUGAGAAGCCUAUGCGGAGCGACACGAUGCGCCUCAAACACGGCACAUAUGACAAGCUGGACGACGAUGGUGUCGUUGCUCCUGGUGUGCGCGUUUCCGGCGAAGAUAUCAUUAUCGGAAAGACGGCCCCCAUCGCUCCGGACGCAGAGGAACUCGGUCAGAGGACCAAGAUGCACAUCAAGCGUGAUGUGUCCACACCGCUGCGUAGCACCGAGAACGGUAUCGUCGACUCGGUGCUUCUCACAACGAACAGCGACGGCUUGAAGUUCGUCAAGGUCCGGACAAGAACAACCAAGAUUCCCCAGAUCGGAGACAAGUUCGCCUCGCGUCACGGUCAGAAGGGUACCAUUGGUAUUACUUACCGCCAUGAAGACAUGCCUUUCACGCGCGAGGGUCUCACUCCCGAUCUCAUCAUCAACCCUCACGCCAUCCCCUCCCGUAUGACCAUUGCUCACUUGAUCGAGUGUCUGCUCUCCAAGGUCGGUUCUCUCCGUGGCCAGGAAGGCGAUGCCACUCCUUUCACCGAUGUCACCGUCACGCAAGUGUCAUCGCUUUUGCGUGAGCAUGGUUACCAGAGCCGCGGUUUUGAAAUCAUGUACAACGGUCACACUGGCAAGAAGCUCACUGCACAAGUCUUCUUGGGUCCGACGUACUACCAACGUCUCCGCCACAUGGUCGACGACAAGAUUCACGCGCGUGCUCGUGGACCGGUUCAGAUCCUUACUCGUCAGCCUGUCGAAGGUCGUGCCCGUGACGGUGGUCUGCGUUUCGGAGAGAUGGAACGUGAUUGUAUGAUUUCUCACGGUGCCAGUGCCUUCUUGAAGGAGCGUCUGUUCGAAGUCUCGGACGCUUACCGCGUUCACAUUUGCGAGAUUUGCGGUCUGAUGACCCCGAUUGCAAACCUCAAGCGCAACCAGUUCGAGUGCCGUCCUUGUAAGAACAAGACCAAGAUCGCGCAGAUCUACAUCCCGUACGCUGCGAAGCUGCUCUUCCAGGAGUUGGCAAGUAUGAACAUCGCGUCGAGGAUGUACACCAAGCGCAGUGGAUACAGUGUCCGGCAGUAG